UUUCUCUGCCGCUGUCAUUGAAAAACAUGGCGGCCUCCACAGACAACGCGAGUGCUGCUGCCGCUUCUGAUGCAUCGAGUUCAAUAUCAGCUGCUUCUGCGGCGAACGGUCCUCAGAUCCAGUACAGUAUGGUACUGGAGCAUCUUAUCGGGGAGAAGAGGCCCGUGAAGGACCUGAACCCCGCUGUAAUGGGAGGUCUGCCUGUCCCUCCCAAAACCGACGAGCAGAAGAUGAUCGAGAGGGGCAUGGAGAGCUGCGCUUUCAAGUCUCUCCUGGCUUGUGUUGGAGGUUUUGUCCUUGGGGGUGCCUUUGGAGUCUUCACUGCAGGUAUCGACACUAAUGUCGGGUUCGACCCAAAAGACCCUCUAAGAACACCAACAGCACGGGAAGUGCUCAAAGACAUGGGACAGAGGGGCAUGUCCUACGCCAAGAACUUUGCCAUCGUUGGAGCAAUGUUCUCUUGUACUGAGUGUAUCAUAGAAUCACACAGAGGUGUAUCAGACUGGAAGAACGCUGUAUACAGUGGAUGUGUAACUGGGGGAGCCAUUGGAUUCAGAGCUGGGUUAAAAGCCGGAGUUCUUGGAUGUGGAGGUUUUGCUGCAUUUUCUGCUGCCAUUGAAUAUUAUUUACGGUAAAGACUGGCAAAAUAGACCAUUAUUUCAAGAUUUGCCUCAGAAUUUGUUGAGGAGAUAUUUCUGGUUCAUCUGAUGAAAAGACUUUGCUCCAUUGAAUGAUGAAGACUUGUCUGGAAUCUGAAAUGAAACACUUGCUCUACAGUGAUUCUUUUGGAUGGAUUGGUGAAUGAACUCUUUCAGAUGCUCCAUUUAUGCUAUGUGACUGCGAAAGAGUGUAAAAUGAUGUAUUUAUGUAAAGUUUUUUUUUGUUUUGUUUUUUUUUAACAUUUGUUUUCAAAAUUUUAUGUGGAUUAUAUGCCAACACCUUUUCCAAAGGAUGAGUAAAAUCUGUGUAGUAGUGAUGAUUUACUCAAGCUCUCUUUUGCAAGAUGGUAAAAUAUGGAAUAGGAUCAGCGCACAAUACUCAUGUAAGGCUAAAGUUUAUUUGUAUAAAGACUUCACUGUUUAGUUACUUUAAACUAGGCUCCUUCAGAACACAUGACCUUGUUGUUGGCCGAACUGCGUGUAGUUCUGACAAACGGCCAGUAGAUGACAGCAUUGUUUCUUGCCAUCUGAAGUCUGGCCCCACUUGGCAAGGAAGUCGUUUCAGAGUGAUCCUUUGCUUCAUGAGAAGUCAAAACUGUUAGAUUUUGUAUAUAAAUAAACAUAAAUUU